AAUGCGAAUUAUCAUUAUUAAUUAAAGUUUCGUGUAAGACUUUUGGGAAAAUGAUCUUAAAAAAUUACGAUAUCUUCGACGCGCGGUAAUCCGGUAACCGUUUCGGCGGCGCCAUCCGUGCGCGGCUCGGAUCGCGAACGGAACGGUGUCCAAAGGCGCACUUGCCGGGCAGCAGAUAGCGCUUGGAGCAGGGACCGUAAGAUUAAAAACAUAUACUUAUAGUUACUCCUACACAUAAUAAUAUAUUCUAAUCUGCGGUAACGUUGUUAUUGAUCCGUCGAGAUAAACCAUCGUCCGCCCACUAUCAUGAUAACGGCAGACUUGUUGAUCUGCUACCGUCGAGUUCGAAUUGUCACAGCUACGGCAGCUGCUGUUGCGCGCAUCCGUCGCCGGAAACCGUUGUCGUUCUGUGCUUUCCGGAAGCCAUUCCGUCUGUGAUGCUUCUGUGCCCGUCGUGGUAAGUGCCAUUGGGACGAGCACUGCACCACAUCCAUGUCGGUCACCAUGGCCUGGACCGCACUGGUUGCGUGCAGUUCCUUUUGCCUGCUGACCGUCACCACAGCCAGUUUGCUGUCUGGUACAGACUAUCAGCCGCCGUCCGCCGACGACCAGCCGCUGGCCACCGAUGAUCAGUCGCAACAGACGUUGGCCCAGUUUCAGCAGAUGGCCACAGACCAGUUAUAUGGUCAGAAUCAAGUGGAUAGUGCUCGUAAUACUCAGGAUAUUACUGACAACUCGAAUGUUGACGUAUCUCACCAAUUUCAUUUACAUGAAUCUUCUGAAUGGCCUUUUCCACAUAAAAUUGAUAACAGUAUUGGGCAAAUUUCUGGUGUUUCCAUAAGCAAAGACAAUCUGGUAUAUAUAUUCCAUAGGGGUGAUCGAGAAUGGAAUCAAACUACAUUUUUUGAAAACAAUGUGUUCAGAGAUAAAAAUAAAGGACCUAUUUCUGAACAAGUAGUUGUUAUACUGGAUCCAAAAAAUGGUUCAGUAAUUAAAAGAUGGGGUAGUCACAGAUUUUAUAUGCCUCAUGGUAUUACUGUUGAUCAUGAAAAUAAUGUUUGGUUGACUGAUGUUGCUCUUCAUCAAGUAUUCAAAUUUGAUCCUAGUUCAGGAAAUGUAUUAAUGACUUUUGGUACUGCAUUUGAACCUGGGACAGACUCAAACCAGUUUUGCAAACCUACAUCAGUAGCAGUAACAACUAGUGGUGAAUUCUUUGUAGCAGAUGGAUAUUGUAAUUCUCGAAUUAUUAAAUAUUCUGCUGAAGGACAAGUACUGUUACAAUGGGGCCGAUCCACUUUAGUCACAGGUGAAAUGCUUGUGCCUCCUUACCAAUUGUGGAUUCCACACGAUUUAACAUUGGCCGAAGACAAAGAGGUGAUAUGUGUUGCUGAUCGUGAAAAUAGCAGAUUAUUAUGUUUUAAUAUUAACAGCGGAAUUUUCCAAUUUGAAAUUAAUCCACAAAUAGUUCAACGUUUAUUUAGUGCUGCAUAUUCACCAGUGGCUGGUGGAUUAUUUUAUGUACUUAAUGAUAAAAAUAUGGAUAUAGUAACUGAGACAUUAGCACAAGGAAUUGUAAUCAAUGCUACAUCAAUGGAAGUAAUUGGACAAUUUCAUCCUAAAAAUAAUGAAUUUUUACGACCUCAUGAUAUGGCUGUAAGCCCAGAUGGAACAUCUGUUUAUGUUGUGGAACUUAUAAGAUCUCAUAUACGGAAAUUUGUGUUAGAUUCAGAUAUCCAAAACAAAUUUAUAAAUCAAAGUAAUGAUUCAUAUAAAUUUUCAUUCAAUGAUAUAAUGUUGAACAAAUAUAACGUUUUAGAAAAUUGUUCUGGUCUAAGAGAAAAUUCUGGGAAACAAAUUUUAGUGAUUAUGUUAGUAAUUGCUGUAGGUUUGUUUUUCACUGCUGCUAUAUUUGUUACUGUUUUAAUAUACACACGGACUAAAUCAAUAGCUAACCGGAAAGAAGCAGCUUUCAGUCGCUGGCAACCUCGGACACUUAAUGCUGCUGAUGGAUUUACUUUGGGCAACAUAUUCAACAAAAAACAACGAGCCGGAUUUGAAAAACUUGCGACUGUUGAGGUGAGCGAAGAUGACGACGACGACGACGAUGACAACGAUCUGAAUGUGAGGGCUUAAUAAUUGAAAUACUAAUCAUUUAAUAAUAAUAUCGUGCUAGUAGAUUCAAUUUAUUGCUACGGUUGUUAUUAUUUGUAUUUAUUAAUUUAUUGUAACACCGUUUCUCGACGGACCUAUACUUAGAAUAUUCUUCCCCAACAUUUGUCACCCAAACGUCUAUGUUUAUAUCGAUCCGACCACAUAUUAUACACAUACGCGUAUACCAUAUUAUAACACUUCAUAAGUCCAUUAUUACUACUAUUAUUCCUCUAUAUUGAAAUGUUAUAACCGAACAAAGUUAAAAAAAAUAUUAUUUGUAACAUUAUAAACGAUUAUUAAAAUAAAAAUAAAGGAAUUUAAAUAGUCA